UAGACUUUCUGCGGCAAGUACAGAGUUUUUUAGAUCCAGUGCUGUUCUGGACUGAUGCAGGAAUAAAGACGGCAACCAGUCGUGAAUGUUAAACACAUAGACGCCGACUUAUACGUUUGAAAAUCUUGCGAGUAAAUGGGAUUCAACGUCUUCCGAACAGAAUGUAAAGAAUUCCUUAAAGGAUGUGGGGAAUUAAAGGCUCGUGCGCUGCGCUGUUAUUGUUGUUUUUGGCUUAUAUCUCCGUGUCCUCGGUUACUGCCGACAGUUUAUCUGCUCCGCUCAAUGUGACCAUCAAAGCACUGGAGGGGAACUCUGCGAUAGUGACAUGGGACAUUCUGGAGGGAGACCCAGUCAUUGGGUUCGCCAUCACCCAGCAGAAAAAGGACGUUCGUAUGCUGCGAUUCAUCCAGGAAGUGAACACCACCACUCGUUCAUGUGCAUUAUGGGACUUGGAGGAAGACACAGAGUACAUUGUCCAUGUGCAGUCCAUUAGCAUGAGUAGCACCAGCCCCUUGAGUGAACCUGUUCUGUUCCGCACUCCCAAAGAGUCAGAGAAACUGGCCUCCAAGAGCCCAGAUGAAGUGACCAUGGAGGAGGUUGGCCAGGCUGCCCAGCUCAGGGCUGGAGAGCUCAUUAUCAUCGUGGUGGUUCUUGUCAUGUGGGCAGGUGUGAUAGCUCUGUUCUGCCGCCAGUAUGACAUCAUCAAAGACAAUGAGCCCAACAAUAACAAGGACAAAGCCAAGAACUCAUCAGAGUGCAGUACCCCAGAGCACCCUACGGGGGGACUACUGCGCAGCAAGGUCUAAUUACACCUUCCCUUCGGCAAUAAUAGGCUUUAGCCUCAGGACAGUGCUCUGAGACAAAACAAGUAAGCCAUCAAAUCACAAAGUUGUGAAGCCCACCUCUCAUCCUCAAUCAAACAACCUUUUAGUAUUCCCAUUGACCAACAUGAACUCUUUGGUGCUUGUCUGUUUGGCACACUGACACAAACUUGAGGACGAAAUGGACAAGAUGGUUCCAGAACUGGAAGCUUGAGCAGUUUGAAGCCAGUUAUUGAGUUUCGAUCCACAGCUGCCUCAGCUGAAGGACUCAAACACAGUUGUUGUGAGCUGGAAAACUAGAGACGCAGCGCCACCAGGACAGUCUUCGGCUCCUGUGUAGACUCACAGAGAUAAGGAGAAACCUGCCACCCUGCAUAAACCCCAAAUGAACCAGAAAGGUGUGUUGUGAAAAAGAAGCAAGAGCGUUUUUUUCUGAGCUCAUCGUCAUUAUCAGCUCCGAACCAGGAUCAGGUCUCUGACAGGGAUGGCAUUACGAUACUUAACUAUCUCUCCAUACUCGUCGCUAUCUUGUGAAUUUGGUUCCUUCUUUUCACCUCGAUUUCUUUACUCCAUUAUCCUCCCUCCAGUAGCCAGUCAUGGACAGUCUAGCUAAUUUGAUGUGGUUUAAUUGGUGCGGUGGGAUCUUUCUUCUCAGCACUCUCGCACUCAGGGCAUUAAGGAAAUCAUCCAUAGGAAAAAUGAUAGACCACAUCGGCCGUGUCGCAUUCACCAACCUGCGACCCUGUCACAGCGAACUGCACAUCAGCCAUUGACGAUGAAGAGCUCCAUAUUAUAACAGUGAUAGAAAACGUAUUUAACCGCUUGCGUGUCUCAAGUAAAUCAACAGCUUGGUGUCUCUAAUGAGCACACUACUGUACAGUGAUGGUUAAUUUGGUCCUCAUAUUACAUUCAUGAUUAGCAUAUUGUUCACAACUAUGUCUUCUACAGGCUUU